CUGCAUAUAAAGCCAUGUGUUGGGCUGUGGCUGCAGUUGCCCCUGGUCUCACCUGCUAUCCUGCAGCCACAAAGCCACAGGCAGCAUGGCCUCGCCGCGAUGGAUACUGGCAGUCUGCGUUUCUCUAUUCUCAGUGUUAGGCACCGGGGAAUCGGUCACAACAACUGAAAGUCAGAAAUACACUUGCAGGACUUUUGGCAGCGGCGUCGUCCAGCCUUUCAACGGUUCAAGUUUCUACGUUCGGUCCAACUGCAUGUUCCUCCUCACCCACUUCACCCACCACCGGGUGGAGUGUGACAUCACCACACGGCGAGAGGACGACGGGCUGCUGGUCCGAGUCGAGAUCAUCAUCAACAAAGUCAGGACGGUUGUGCAGAAUGGAAGCAUCCUGGUGGAGGGGAAAAGUGUUUCCCUUCCAUACGACCACACCUACCAGCAUAUCUUUCAGUACGGCAUCUACACCAAACUGAAGAGCUCACUGCUUCCUCUGUCCGUCACCUGGCACAAUGUUCCCGGAGGAGUAGACACUCUGUGGGUGGAGUUGGAGCAGGAGCUAAGCACCGACAUGACUGGACUGUGUGGAAAGCACACCACCCAAGGAAACAAGCAGCAGUUGAUCACAGAGAGCGAGCUCGCUGAUGACACGUGUCAAACCCGAGAUCCUUUCUCCGCUGUCAAUCAAGCAUGCAGGGAGUUCUUUUCCUACACCCUGGAAUGUCUGCUAGCUCAGACGCCUCAAUAUAUUCAACUCUGUGAGGAGAACAUUUACAGCUGCGAAACGAGCAAAUACAUCAGCUGUGCUUUCUUCAAAGAAGUAGUCCAACAGUGUGGAGACAACAGCCAUGUCUGGGACAUUUGGAGAACGGUUACUCACUGUGAUGAGCCCAGGUGUCCAGGGAAUCUAGUUUAUGUAGAACUGGGUGCAGCCUUUGUUCCCAGCUGCUCCAAUCGGAACCCAACCUCCUCCAACCAGGAACUCACCAGCUCCUGUGUCUGCCCUCAGGGUACGGUGCUCAAUGAUCACGAAGAUAGCUACCAGUGUGUGAGUGUGUCCAGCUGCCAGUGUGUGUUUGCUGGUAAAAGCUACUCACCCGGAGACAUACUUAGCACUAAGUGUCAGUCAUGUACGUGUGUCGAUGGGAAAUGGCAAUGCUCUGAAAACCUCUGCCCCACCAGAUGUGUAAUCGAAGGGCAGUUUGUGACAUCAUUUGAUGCCAAAAAAUACGUCCUGCCUGGUAAAUGUACAUAUGUGGCUUCACAGGGUCUCUACUGGACAAUAACAAUAGAGUUUUCCAAAAAAGCACCCUCACUAAAAACUGUUAUUCUUCAGCUUUUUCAGGAAACAUAUACAUUCUCUCAAAACAGGGUUCAAAUUGGAGGGGAGACGAUCACUGAACUUCAUCAAUCUGAUCAUGCUCUGGUUUUCUGGCAGUCCUCCAUGUACGUCCAGGUCGACACAUCCUUUGGUAUGAAGAUCCAAGUCCAAAUGUCUCCUGAAAUCCAGCUGUACAUCACCCCGCCCAAAGACCACACUGGCAUAAUCUCAGGUCUCUGUGGCAACAACAACAACGACACCACAGAUGACUUCACCACCAGCAGCGGGAUCAUCGAGAACUCUGCUCAGCCGUUCGCUCAGUCCUGGAGCGUGGGGGCUUGUGCAGUGAACAUAUACCCCUGCAUCAACACUGAUAAUGAGAUUUUCGCUGAUGAGAAAUGCUCAGUGUUGAACAUCCCCACUGGGAUAUUUGCUAAGUGCCAUGGUCAUAUCCCUACUAAUCACUACCACACGGCUUGCAUCAAACGAACAUGUAACUGUGGCAGCAGCUUGUCUCAGUGCCUGUGUGUCUCUCUGGGUAGUUAUGCCGAAGCCUGUGCCAGUCUGGGUGUUGUGAUUGGUGACUGGAGGAAAGCUACCAACUGCACUUUGAACUGUCUAAAGAACCAGGAAUUCUCAUACGACACGCGAGCCUGCAAACACACAUGCCGCUCCCUGUCGGGCCCGGACCCCCGAUGCGGGCUGGACGAUGCUCCGGUGGAGGGCUGCGGCUGUCCGGAGGGAACUCACCUGAACCAAGGAGACGUCUGCACCCGAAAGGCAGAGUGUGACUGUCACUACAACGGCGGGACGACCCCACCAGGGGCUGCUAUUAUCGAUGGACGAAAUUGCCUCUGUGUAAAUGGAGAGCUGAACUGUUCCCAGGAUUGUGGGUGCAGAAAUGGAAAGGUUUGUGUGCAUUGCAGCGAGUACCCUGUCGACACGGCUCAGAAAACCUGUGAGAGUCUCAGCAAACCAAUGGGUACCAAUAUGACCUGUGUGAGUGGCUGUUACUGCCCACAUGACCAGUAUGAGGAUCACCGUGGACACUGUGUUUCUCUUGAUAACUGCACCUGUGUGUACAGCGGCAAAGUAUUCAGUGCAGGACAGCACGUCAGCACCAACUGUAAAACAUGUGUCUGUGGUCAGGGUCAGUGGCUCUGCAGAGACGAGCCUUGCUCUGGGAAAUGUCAGGUUUACGGCAACGGACACUACCAGACAUUUGACUCCAACUGGUACCGCUUUGACGGACAAUGUCAGUACACACUAGUAGAGGAUGGCUGUGGAGAUGGAAACCGCACCUUCUCUGUCAGAGUGGAGAGCGUCCCCUGUUGUGAUGAGGUGCUCACCUGCUCUCGCUCGAUCGUCCUCAACCUGCAGGACAAAGUCACCCUGACACUGAGCGACAUGAAGGUAACCAGACGCUACCAUGAAGGCUGGACUCUGCAGGGAGACUCACUUUACUCCACACACACUGUCGGACUUUACAUCAUAAUCUCUGUGCCGAGCAGAGGGAUAACUCUCAUCUGGGACAAACACACCCGCAUCACUAUAGAGCUGCAAGCACACUGGAGGAACCGAGUCUGUGGCCUCUGUGGAAAUUUUGACUUCAAUGAGAUGAAUGAUCUACAGAUAAGUGGCUCAGCAGUGGUGUCCAGCCCCUUGGCAUUUGGCAACAGCUGGAAAGUGGCCACCCCUCCCUGCUCCGAUGUGACAACAGAGAUAUUUCCGUGUGAACGCAACUCCUACUGCGCAGCCUGGGCCCAGCGGCGCUGUAUGAUUCUCACAGGAGACACCUUCAGUGAAUGCCACCUCAAAGUGGAUCCAACUUCCUUCUACCAUGCGUGUGUGCAAGAGUCCUGCUCCUGUGAGUUUGAAGGCAAGUUCCUGGGCUUCUGCACGGCCGUGGCAGCGUACGCAGAGGCCUGCAGCGACCACGAUGUUUGUAUAAAUUGGAGAACACCUGAUUUGUGUCCGGUCUACUGUGACUACUACAAUGAGCAGGGCCAGUGUAGCUGGCACUAUGAAGCCUGUGGAAAGAUGCUAACCUGCGGCAAAGACAACUACAUCACUCACAAACUGGAAGGCUGCUACCCCAGAUGUUCAAAGGAGGAGCCAUACUUUGAUGAAAAUACUGGUGAAUGCACUAAAUUGAGAAAUUGCACCUGUGACUUUAAUGACACCAUCCUUCAGCCCAGGGCAGUGGUGAUGAUACAGUCUGUUGAGUGCCGCUGUGAAAAUGGGAAAAUGAAUUGCCCACCUCCACCCACCACACCUGCCACCACACCUGCCACCACACCUGCCACCACCACCGCUUCAAUUACAACUGAAACAACUGUGUUUUCCACCACCAUUACUACACCACCAACUACAGCAGUCUUAAUUACGACUGAAUCAUCAUCAACAACACCCCGCAGCACCUCCUCACCAAUGACAACCACUACCAAUGUCUCAACUACCACUGGAGAUUGGUCAACCUUGCUUUCCACCACUGCUACACCAACAACUACAACUGUCUUAACUACAGAUGAAACAUCAUCAACAAUGCUCCCCACUACCGCUACACCAUUAACCACAACGGCACAUACUACCAAUGACACAACUGUAUAUCCUACUACCACUACACAAACAACUACAACUGACUUAACUACAGCUGUCAUAUCCUCAACAACACCCUCCACCACCUCUACACCAAUGACAACUACUGCUAAUGUCUCAACUACUCCUGGAAAUUGGUCAACUAUGAAUCCUUCAACAAUUACUACACCAAAAACUACAAUUGACUUAACUACUGCUGAAACUUCAUCAACAGUGCUCCCCACCACCUCUACACCAAUUAUGACCACUACCAAUGUCUCAACUACUCCUGGAAAUUGGUCAACUAUGAAUCCUUCCACCAUUACUACAACCACAACUGCCUCAACUACAGCUGAUACAUCAACAACGCCCCCCACUACUUCUACUCUGAUUACAGAUGUCUCAACUACUACUGGAGCUAAGUCCACCAUGUUUCCCACCACCUCUACACCAAUAACCACAACUGCCUAUGCUACCAAUGAAACAACUGUAUAUCCUACCACGAUUAAGCCAACAACCACAACUGCCAUAACAACUGCUGAAACAUCAUCAACAAUGCCAAAUAUUUCUUCUACACCAAUGACAGCCAUUACCAAUGUCUCAACUACUACUGGAGAUUGGUCAACCACCUCGACACCAAUAACCACAACUGCAUUUACUAAUAAUGAAACAACUGUGUAUCCUGCGACUACUACACUGAUGACUACAACAUCUGUAACAUCUUCAACAAUGCCCCCCACCACCUCUACACAAAUCCUAACCAUUACGAAUGUUUCAACAACUGUUGGAAAUUGGUCAACUGUGCCUUCCACCUCUACCCCAACAUCUACAACUGCCUAUACUACCAAUGAAACAACUGUGGAUCCUGAAACUACUCUACCAAUAACAACAACAACUGCCCUAACUACUGCUGAAACAUCAACAACUGUGCUUUCCACCACUUCUACACCAAUAAUAACAACUGCCCUAACUACUGCUGAAACAUCAUCAACAACAACAACAACUGUGCUUUCCACUACCUCUACACCAUUAACCACAACGGCACAUACUACCAAUGACACAACUGUAUAUCCUACUACCACUACACAAACAACUACAACUGACUUAACUACAGCUGUCAUAUCCUCAACAACACCCUCCACCACCUCUACACCAAUGACAACUACUGCUAAUGUCUCAACUACUCCUGGAAAUUGGUCAACUAUGAAUCCUUCAACAAUUACUACACCAAAAACUACAAUUGACUUAACUACUGAAACUUCAUCAACAGUGCUCCCCACCACCUCUACACCAAUUAUGACCACUACCAAUGUCUCAACUACUCCUGGAAAUUGGUCAACUAUGAAUCCUUCCACCAUUACUACAACCACAACUGCCUCAACUACAGCUGAUACAUCAACAACGCCCCCCCACUACUUCUACUCUGAUUACAGAUUAACCACAACUGCCUAUGCUACCAAUGAAACAACUGUAUAUCCUACCACGAUCAAGCCAACAACCACAACUGCCAUAGCAACUGCUGAAACAUCAUCAACAACAACAACAACAACUGUGCUUUCCACUACUUCUACACCAAUAUCCGCAACUGACUAUACUACGAAUGACACAACUCUAUCUCAUAGUACCACUACACUAACUACUACAAUUGACUUAACUACAGCUGUCACAUCCUCAACAACACCCUCCACCACCUCUACACCAAUGACAACUACUGCUAAUGUCUCAACUACUCCUGGAAAUUGGUCAACUAUGAAUCCUUCAACAAUUACUACACCAAAAACUACAAUUGACUUAACUACUGCUGAAACUUCAUCAACAGUGCUCCCCACCACCUCUACACCAAUUAUGACCACUACCAAUGUCUCAACUACUCCUGGAAAUUGGUCAACUAUGAAUCCUUCCACCAUUACUACAACCACAACUGCCUCAACUACAGCUGAUACAUCAACAACGCCCCCCACUACUUCUACUCUGAUUACAGAUGUCUCAACUACUACUGGAGCUAAGUCCACCAUGUUUCCCACCACCUCUACACCAAUAACCACAACUGCCUAUGCUACCAAUGAAACAACUGUAUAUCCUACCACGAUCAAGCCAACAACCACAACUGCCAUAGCAACUGCUGAAACAUCAUCAACAACAACAACAACAACAACUGUGCUUUCCACUACUUCUACACCAAUAUCCGCAACUGACUAUACUACGAAUGACACAACUCUAUCUCAUAGUACCACUACACUAACUACUACAAUUGACUUAACUACAGCUGUCACAUCCUCAACAACACCCUCCACCACCUCUACACCAAUGACAACUACUGCUAAUGUCUCAACUACUCCUGGAAAUGGGUCAACUAUGAAUCCUUCAACAAUUACUACACCAAAAACUACAACUGACUUAACUACUGCUGAAAAUUCAUCAACAGUGCCCCCCACCAUAUCUACACCAAUUAUGACCACUACCAAUGUCUCAACUACUCCUGGAAAUUGGUCAACUAUGAAUCCUUCCACCAUUACUACAACCACAACUGCCUCAACUACAGCUGAAACAUCAACAACGCCCCCCACUACUUCUACUCUGAUUACAGAUGUCUCAACUACUACUGGAGCUAAGUCCACCACCUCCACACCAAUAACCACAACUGCCUAUGCUACCGAUGAAACAACAGUAUAUCCUACCACGAUUAAGCCAACAACCACAACAGCCCUAACAACUGCUGAAACAUCAUCAACAAUGCCAACGAUUUAUUCUACACCAAUGACGGCCAUUACCAAUGUCACAACUACUACUGGAGCUUGGUCAACUCCAGUGUGUGAGUGUAAAGACCUGAAGAGGAAACUAAGCUGGGGUUGCGGCGAGAUGUGGACAGAGGACUGCUACGAUAAGAGCUGUAGGGAGGGGAAGAUAGAGUUGACUCCAGUGGUUUGUCCAGAGUCUUCAAGGCCUAAAUGCCCCAGAGACCAGGCCACACAAGUCUGGGAUGGAUGCUGUGAAACAUGGAAGUGUGACUGUCGCUGUGAGCUGUAUGGGGAUCCCCACUACAUUUCUUUCCAAGGAGUAACCUUUGAUUUCCUGGACGAAUGCACCUACCUUCUUGUUGAGGAGCAGUCAAUACAUUAUAAUCUGACCAUUGCUGUGGACAACUUUGUCUGUGUGGAAGGCCUCCAUGGCUCGUGUGCUAGAGGCAUCAUCCUGAAAUAUCAGAACAGUACAGCUACACUCAGUAUCCUUCCAGAUAUGUUUCAAGUACAGGCCACUCUGAACAACGUGACCAUACAGCCGCCAUAUGAGGAGCCUGGGUGGAGGUUUGAGACCACCGGAUAUGUAGUGUCAAUCUUCCUCCCAGACCUGCGCUCUUAUGUCUCCCUCACUCCGUCUUACACCCUGGUGGUCAGUCUGGCCAUGGAGCAUUUCCUCAACAAUACCCAGGGACAAUGUGGAGUGUGUGGUGUUGGAUCAUGUGUCCGUAAAGGAGGGCAGAUCGAGGAUGACAGCUGCUGUAGUAAGACGGCCAAUGACUGGGUGUACCACGACCCCCUCAAGCCCGCCUGUGCUUCUGCCCCCAGAGACGUACCUUGUAUCUCACCCACUACAGUACCCACAAGCCCACCCCCUACCCCCUGCCCUGCUAGCCCACUAUGUGAGCUGCUACAACACCCAGUAUUUUCAAAUUGCACACCGUCUGUGGAUCUGGACCUUAAAAUGAAGAACUGCAAGUUUGAUUCAUGCAGGAGUGGUCCAUGCCCUUCACUAGAGCAAGCUGCUCAGGAAUGCAAUACGGUGGAUGUGUGUAUUGACUGGAGAAGCCUGACCAAUGGGACCUGUGAUGUGCCUUGUGAUGCGGGAUUGGUUUACAGAGAAUGUGAAAAGAAGCCGGAUGGAUUCUGCCAUGGAGGAGCACAUUAUCGAGGUGAUACCACUGAGAACUACAUUGGAGGCUGUUUUUGUCCCAGUGGCCAAUCCAGAGCAGGAAAUCAUUCAUCCACCUGUGUGUCCGACUGCCGCUAUUGUACAGGACCACUUGGUGAGCCUAAAAUGCCUGGUGAGGUGUGGCGGUCCGGCUGUAGCUGGUGCAAAUGUAACAAGCAGACUGUCACAGAGGAGUGUGAUCUCAAUCCUCCUGUUUCAGCUCCCCUCUGUAGCAGCACUGCUGUACUGGUGAACAGAUCUUGCUGCAGUGAUCAGAUUUGCGUUGAGAAGACAUGCAGUUAUCAGGGAAAAACAUACAAGAUGGGAGACAGAUGGAGGGAUGCCGCCCAUCCCUGCACGUCAUUUAGUUGCAGCAAGGAUGGAAUUCAGACUGUGACUCAAGUCUGUCCUACAGAAGAGUGUCAGGAGGAGGACAGGAUUUGGGACGACCAGCACUGCUGCUUUACAUGUAACCAGAACUGUGCUCCGAACAUGACCAGCCUUAACCUAACAGUAGACAGCUGUGUUGCCGUCAUACAGAUGCCUGUGUGUCAGGGCCAAUGUGAUUCGGAGCCCAGGGUGGUGUUACACAAUGACCUGCAGGUGGAGCAGCAGAGCUCCUGCUGUGUGGAGAGACUCUCUGAGAGGAGAUCAGUGACCCUACAGUGCUCUGAUCUCACGACCAGGAGCUAUAACUACAUGCACAUCACCAGCUGUGAGUGCAGAUACUGUAUUGUAGUACUGUAGUACUGUACUAAAGCAUACUUUUGAGGGGCUCUUCAUUCGUGCUACUUCAUACUUAUAUACCACUAGAAUUCAGAGGCAAAUUCUAUAUGAUUCACUCUAUCCAUUUACUUGAUAACUUUAAUUUAGUUAGAAGAUUCAGAUUUAUAAAACGAAAUAUAAUUAACAAAUAAGGUUUUAUGUUUUAUUUUAUGAUAAACUUUAUUGAACCCUUAAUGAAACUCACAAUCUACCUGUCAGUAGAUAUACUGUCCUCCUUUAUCAUUUGCAUUAUUAAAGUGAUGAUCACAUCAAUGUA